AUGAGUUGUGAAAAGAAACCAACACCAGUGGUUGGUGAAAGAAACAUUCUUAUUACUAGUGCAUUACCAUAUUGUAAUAAUGUACCUCAUCUUGGUACAUUAAUUGGUUGUGUUUUAUCUGCUGAUGUUUAUGCAAGAUACUGCCGAAUGAGAGGAUACAACACUUUAUAUGUUUGUGGAACUGAUGAGUAUGGAACAACAACAGAACAAAAAGCGUUAUUAGAACAUUGUACACCACAAGAAAUUUGUGAUAAGUAUUAUACCCUUCACAAAGAAGUAUAUGAUUGGUUUGAUAUUUCAUUUAAUUACUUUGGAAGAACAUCAACUGAGAAACAAACUGAAAUUACACAAGACAUUUUUAAACAUUUAAAUAAUAAUGGCUAUAUUUAUAAAGAAUCAGUAGAACAAUUUUAUUGUGAAAAAUGUGAUAAAUUUUUAGCUGAUAGAUUUGUUGAAGGAAUAUGUCCAUUUUGUAAUGCUCCUGGUGCUCGUGGAGACCAAUGUGAUAGUUGCCAAAAAUUAAUUAAUACUGUUGAACUAAUUAAUCCACAAUGUAAGGUUUGUCAUUCUGUUCCAGUAAGAAGAAGUUCAGAACAUCUUUUUAUUGAUCUUCCAAAACUUCAAGACAAAUUAGGAAAUUGGGCAAAUGAAACAAUGAGUAAAUAUGAAUGGCCAAAUAACUGUGCAUGUGCUACAAAAACAUGGUUAAAUAAUUUAAAAGGAAGAUGUAUUACAAGAGAUCUUAAAUGGGGAACUAAAGUACCAUUAGAAGGAUUUGAAAAUAAAGUAUUUUAUGUUUGGUUUGAUGCACCAAUUGGAUAUCUUUCUAUUACUGCUAAUUAUACCGAUGAUUGGAAGAAAUGGUGGAUGGAUAAUGAACAUGUUGAAUUAACUCAAUUCCUUGGAAAAGAUAAUAUUGUAUUCCACAGUGUCUUAUUCCCAUCAACACUUCUUGGAACUGGACAACCAUGGACUAUGGUAAGAAAACUUGCAACUACUGAAUACUUAAAUUAUGAAGAUUGUAAGUUCUCAAAAUCAAAUGGAACAGGAGUAUUUGGAGAUGAUGCUAUGAAAACUGGAAUCCCACCAGAAGUAUGGAGAUACUAUCUUCUCAUUAAUCGACCAGAACAAUCUGACACAGUAUUUUUGUGGAAUGAUCUUAUGGAGAAAAAUAAUAAUGAGUUAUUAAAGAAUAUUGGAAAUCUUGCUCAAAGAACAUUAACAUUUGCUGUAAAGAAUUUUGACAAUAAAAUACCAAAGAAGAUUAAUAAAAUUACAGAGGUUGAAUUAAAUUGUGAAAAAGAAAUUAAAGAAUUAUAUAAAGAAUAUCUCAAUGCAAUGGAAAAUGUUAAAUUAAAAGAAGGAUUAAAAAUUGCCAUGUCUAUUUCAUCUGUUGGUAAUAAAUAUCUCCAAGACACUGCUGCAUGGAAAACAAUUAAAAGUGACAAAGAACGGGCUGCUGAUGAAAUUUAUUAUGCAUUGAAUAUCCUUUAUUUUGUCUCACUUGUACUUGACCCAUAUAUACCAGAAUUUGGUAAGAAGGUUAGAGAACAAAUGAAUUUACCAGCCAUUCCAUUACCAAAUGAUUUUGGACUUCUUCUUGAAGGAGAGACUAUGUUAGGAAAGGUAGAAGUUAUCUUCAAAAUGAUUUCAAAAGAACAGAUCGAAGAAUUAAGAACAAAGUUUAGUGGAAAACAAGGUGUUUCAUGUACUACCACAACAACUAAAAGUAAGGCUAAAGGAAAUGGAAAACAAAAUAAUGUCAAAGAAGUUCUUGACGGAUUCCAAUUAGAAAUUAGAGUUGGUAAAAUUGUUGAAGCUGGACCACACCCAAAUAGUGAACAUCUUCUUGCUCUUAAAGUUGAUGUUGGUGAAGAAAAACCAAGAAGUGUUGUUGCUGGACUUGCUGAGCAUUAUAAACCAGAAGAAUUAUUAAAUCAAAGAGCUACUUUUGUAUGUAACUUAAAACCAUCUAAGCUAAGAGGUGUUGCGUCAGAAGCUAUGAUUCUUGCUGCCACUUCACUUGAUGGUACUAAAGUUAAAUUCUGUCAUCCAAGUGCUGAUGCUGCUAUUGGAACACAAGUGAUUCCAAAAGAGGGUAAAGUUACUAUUUCUACUAAGAAGAUUUCAAUUGAUGUUGUUGGAAAGAUGAACCUUUCAUUAAAAGAGGGAUUAGUUAGAACUAAUGACGUUCCACUUAUUGUUAAAGACACUGAGCUUACAGUAACUGUUGAUGAAGUUGUUGAUGGAACCGUUAGAUAA